CACAUGGGAGGGGCCGGACCAGCUCCUCUCAUUUCCCUGGCAAAUGUUGUGUCACCAGUUCCCCUCUCCCCUCCGUCACGAGCAGGCAGCUCCACGGAGAACAGAAUGCAUUAAUGGAGACCUUCAGCAGCACCUUCCUGCCACUGCUCUGGACAGUGACUUCCCUCCUCUCAGGCACCUACUGCUCCCCAUAUGUGAGGGUGCCCACUAUUCUCCAUGGCACGUAUGGACAUUCCCUGCUCCUGCCCGUGGAAGAUUUCGUCCACUCAGAAGACGUGGAGAUCUUCUUCAGCUGGAACUUCCGCGGGCCAACCGAGGACAUGCCCACACUGCUGGUGGCCUUUCAAAACCAAAAGGACAUCAACAUGGACAAGAGCAGGUUCUCAUUUCAGCCCCCCAACGCGUCGCUGCUGAUUCACAGCCUGGACCAGACGGUGGAGGGGGAGUACUGGCUCGCGUUUUACAUCACAUUUCCCAAUGGAUCCACGGUUAGAGAGAACAAUCCCGUCCGCAUCACGGUCGAUGUGCCCGUAUCUGUCCCAGUCAUCAAGAAGAGUCCCGCUACUGAAGUGGUGGAGGAUAAAGAGAAUGUGACGUGGAUGUGCUCGGUUGAGAACGGGACCAGGGUGCGGUACCGGUGGUUCCAAGAUGACAGACCCGUUCGCGCCGGGGCGCGACACACACUCUCUCCCGACAACAGCAGCCUUGUCAUAAGCCCCGUCAGAAAAGAGGACAUUGGGGAGUACAGUUGUGUGGUGGAAAAUUUCAUCAGCGAAGAAACAAGCGCGCCAGCGGCACUAAAUAUUUUCUAUGGACCGUACAACCUGGCAGUCAAAUCAGACCAAGGCCUGCAAACUGGGGGGGUCUUCACUGUCAAUCCUGGAGAGCUGGUGUUCUUCGACUGCUUGGCAGACUCCAACCCCCCAAACAGCUGCGCCUGGAUCUCCAAGACCAACAACGCCACCGAGGUCCUCAUGACGGGUCCCCGCUUCGAGGUGUUGUCCUACAAGCUGGCCCACACCGAGGAGUUCCUGUGCCGCGCCUUCAACAACGUCACACAGAAGCAGGACGAAACCGAGUUCACUCUGGUAGUGGCCAGCCUGGGCACCGGGAAGGAGAAACAUUUCCAAGAAGGCAGCGCAGCGUCUCCGCUGACCGCCAUUGUCAUCGUCUCACUGAUCGUCAUCAUCUGCAUGCUGGUGGUGCUUUUCAGAAAGUCCUGCCAUCCACACAGAGUGAUCAUGAAUAUUUACAACAGGCCUCUAACUGACCAAAAGGGACCACACCUCUCAGGCCACGAGGACGCAACUGAAGACUUUGGAAUCUACGAAUUUGUGGCGAUACCAGGAAGAGCAGAAUCCACACUGGCAUCCAACAGGUCCCUGGCAGGGCUGGAGUCCGCUCAGGAUUUGCAUACCACCAUCUAUGAUGUCAUAAAGCAUGUUCCCGAAACGCCGUCACAGAGCUUGCUGAAGUAACCCCCCCCCGUGAGUGCCGUUUGAAAAAAGGUCUGUGAUGAUACAGUCUUCAUGUCGGCGGAGGUUUUAGGCGGGAACACGCACACUCAGAGCGCUGGAAAGCUUCUGUGCCCUCCCCGGCGAAUAUUUAUUAAAGGUUUCAAGCGCUUUAAAGGGAAAGGAGAAGGAUUCUUCUGUUGAGUGACUCAACCUUGCACUGCUAAUUACUCUGCUUCUAUUAUGCCUGUUGCAUAAGCCUAUCAUUAUUAUUUUUUUUUUACAGGGUUUGGCAUAGCCUCAUCACCUGUUCAUAUUUAUUGGCUUAAUGCACAUACCGGUAGAGUCCACUCUUUUCGAAACAAUGCAAUAAUGCAUGAUGGUGAGAAGAUGUCACUCAUCCCAGCCUUCUCGUCAUUUCAUCUGCAGUUGAGAGAGUCGCAGUUUGUCAGCCCUGGUCUCGAACACAUGGUCUCAGACACACACCGUGGUCAUUGCAUCCAGUGUGAGUCCUGACUAUUCCCUGCAUUUGAAACUAUAUGACAUGCUAAAGUAUAUAUUAUAGCAUACAUUAAAUAUGAACCUUCUUCAAAUGCAGAAAAUAGUCACGACCAUGUGCUUGAAUAGCCUAAGGAUAUUAGAUCACUUUUAGCAGAUGCAAAUGCACUCUUCCAUAGGCAUACAUUUGUGCUUAACUCUUACAACUGCGAGGUGGCUUUGUUUCAGAAUCAAGGCAUUGGCCUCGAUUCAAUCAAACUCAUUCCUAAAACGGAUAAAGACUACACACUUUGAAUUUAUGAAAUUUGAAGUGCAACUAAUAUGUGUUUUUACAGUUAUAUUAUGUGUUUGCCAAUUGCUGAAUCAUAUUGUUCUUAAGUCGAAAGAUUCUGAAACAUGCUGUAACAAACUUAAAUUCUCAUUUCAUACGCUUGUUAAAAGGAUAGUUCACUUUCUGAAGUUUAAAAAAUAUACUAUUUAAAUUUUAGUGUAUGUUUUCGAUUGGACCAGUUUUUGUGUGUAAUGAAGAAUGUUAAAGAUUAAAAAAAGAGGUUUUCUUUUGAUGACCUGUCGACUUCACACUGCCAGGUAUCAGGUCUUUCAGGGGUUUGUGGUCUAAAGCAACAAAAAAAAAAAAACAUAA